AUUAUGGUAUUGACUGCAAGGCAAAGGGAUGAAUUAAAUUAAGCAAUACAUCAAUAUUUAUUGAUAAGCUAUCAAUAAAGUGCAUAGGUGUUUAAAGUAGAAGCAGUUGUUAAGGAUGGAUAGAUUGAAGCAGAUUUAUUGGAAAAAAAAUGGAAUUCAAUAGUAAGGUUAUCAAAGAGAGUAAUAACAUUGGAAUAGCAAGUAGAACAAUUGAAUGAAUAAUUAGCAUAAGCUUAAGCUGGGAAAUUACCAUUUAAUAAAUGUACAACAAAUAAAGUUAAGAUAUAGCUGAUGAUGAAUAGAGAUUGAUACCAAUAGAGAAAUUUAAAUUAGAAGGACAUAGAGCAGGAGUGAAUUGUAUAGCAUUUCAUCCGUAAUACUAAAUUCUUGGUUCAGCAAGUGAUGAUGGUAGUAUUAAAUUAUGGGAUUACGAAAGCGGUCAUUUCGAAAAAACAUUAAAAGGACACACAAGUAAUGUAAAUUGUUUGGCAUUUGAUCCUACUGGAAAAUAUAUUUGUAGUGCUAGUAGUGUAUAAUUAAAUUUGAUAAUAAGGAUUUAUCAAUUAAAUUAUGGGAAUUAAAAAACCAUACAUGUGUUAAAACUCUAAUUGGUCAUGAACAUAGUGUAUCAACAGUUUAAUUUUCUGAUCAUGGAGAUUUUAUAUUGAGUGCUAGUAGAGAUAAAAGUAUCAAAUUAUGGGAGGUCUAGACUGGAUUUUGUAAGAAAACCUUUUCUGAGCAUUAAGAAUGGGUCAGAUGUGCUGUAUUUAGUAAUGAUGAAAAACAAAUGGCUUCUUGUUCUUAAGAUUAAAUGAUAUAUAUUUGGGUUAUAGAUAGUGCUUAAGUAUUGCAUUAAUUGAGUGGACAUGAACAUGUAGUUGAAUAAGUCAAAUAUAUUCCAGAACAUGGAGCUAAAUAAAUAUUAACAUAACAAUAAUAGCAAAACAUUUAAACUAUUAAUUUAUUAGUUUCUGUUUCAAGAGACAAAGAAAUUAAAAUUUGGAAUACUAUUUCUGGUACUAAUCUAUUUACAUUAUCUGGACAUGAUAAUUGGGUUAAUGGAGUCUCUUUCCAUCCAGAUGGAAUUCAUAUGUUAUCUGUAUCAGAUGAUAAGACUAUUAGAGUAUUAUUAUCAUUUAUUAGAGGUUUGGAAUUUGAAAGAACAAAAAUAAAAAAAGAAAAUUGAAAAUGCUCAUGAUAAGUUCAUUUUGAAAUGUGAAAUUAAUAAAUUUAUAUUUGCCACAUGUUCUGUAGACCAAACAAUUAAAUUAUGGCUAUUAAGUUGA